UUCUAGGUUUAAUAUUGUCUAGGUUUAAACUCUGAAACUGAAAGGUUUGACAUUGUCCUGUUUACACACCCUGACUCUAUCCAACAUCUACCAACUGAAUGUGUUGAAUACAGGGACAAUGUGAACUUGUUAAUGGGCCAUGGUAAAUGUUUGUAUGCAUCUAUGUAUGGAAUAGCUUACAGGGAUCCGAGGUAUGAUAACUAUAUCAAUAGUCAUGAAUGUUUGAUAAAUCCCUCGGCAGCUUUUCUCACUCAGUAUUCACAUAUUCUGAGAAGUGAUUUGGAUACUUUUCCUACUCCUGGUCUUCUUGGAUACUGGCCUGACACUGUUCUUGCCAACAAGAAUUCAGCAUAUACUUUCAGAAAUUCAAGUGGAACAUCAUUGAUUACUGAGAAAUUAAAGAAGGCUGCAGAAUAUGUCGGGCUAUCCCAUAAGGGUAUUCAUGAUAUUGGUUCCUCCUGGUUUGGACCUGCUCAUUUAAUCAUUAAACUUUCAUCCAUGGCAGUUGUAUUAUCAAAAUAUUUGAGAGUGUACAUGUUUGGUCCUGGUAGUUUCUGCAGGUGUGCAACAUGUACAGAACUACCUCUAGAGUGUACAUGGGGUUCAGGACCAUAUGCCGGUACAAUACUUCUUUAUGCACAGGAAUUAGCAAUUAACCAGAUCUGGGACAAAAAUCAAUAUGAUUCCCUAAAUAAAGUAAAUGUUGAUGCUUCAACCACAACUGAUGAAUCUGUGUGUGCGAAUUUGCAUCUUCAUGUUUUUCAUGGUUCAGACAGAUUCAGCAAAUUUGAAUUUGUGGAUGGAAGAUACAAAGAGUUUAAUAUGACUGGUCUCAAGCUAUCUAAAGCACGAGAUUUUGCUAUUUUUCUUGCUCUCAAAUCAUCCGGACAGGGAAUAGGCGAACAGGAAGUGUCUGCUAGAUAUUCAAUUGGUGGAGAUGGAUCCUUGGCCAAUGUUUGUAAAAUGGAUGCUGAUAUUUCAUCACUGUAAUCUCAAUUUACGUGAUAUUUCAUCUCUGUAAUCUCAAUUUACUUGAUAUUUCAUCUCUGUAAUCUCAAUUUACUUGAUAUUUCAUCACUGUAAUCUCAAUUUACGUGAUAUUUCAUCUCUGUAAUUUCAAUUUAGUUGAUAUUUCAUCUCUGUAAUCUCAAUUUACUUGAUAUUUCAUCUCUGCAAUCUCAAUUUACUUGAAACAAAACAGGAAAAUAAUAGCUCCACUGGUUUCAAGAGUAGAGUUAAACAGAAGAUGUCAGUUUCACAUUUGAUUGAAAAAAUAUAUUUUUGUCUUGAU